AUGUGGCUGCAGAACCUGCUUCUCUUGGCCACUGUGGCCUGCAGCAUCUCCGCACCCACAGAAAACCCUGUCACCCGGCCCUCAAUGCACGUCGAUGCCAUCCAGGAGGCCCUACACCUCCUGAGGAACAGUAAUGGCACUGCUACUGUGACAAAAGCAGUACAUGUCGUCUCAGGAAAGUUUGACCCCCAGAAGCCAACAUGCCUGCAGACCCGUCUGGACCUGUACAAGCAGGGCCUUCAGGGCAGCCUCACCAGGCUCGAGGGCCCCCUGAACAUAAUGGCCGAACACUAUCAGAAGCACUGUCCCCAUACCCUGGAAACUGCUUGUCAACGCCAGACUAUCACCUUCGAAAUCUUCAAACAAAACCUGGAGGAAUUUCUGCUCAAUGUUCCCUUUGACUGCUGGCAGUAGGUGUAGGGAGUUAGGCAGACCAGUCUACCACCCCCAGCCCUUCCAGCCAGUGGCCAGCCCGGAAUCCUACCUCACAGGUGGCUGCCGUCUCACACACGCACGGAGCCAGAAACUCAGGAUCUUCGCCUUGGAGGGACCAUGGGGUGGGCUACACCAUGGGGGCAAUGGACCUGUCCUGGGCCAUGUUGACCCUGAUGGGGGCAUAGUAGGGUGAGGGAUGUUUUACACU